AUGCCACCUCCUUCAAAUCAACGAGCCGAUAUUGAGCCCCCGGAGGAAAUUACCUCGGUGGCUGCUCAAGGCUUUAUGACCGGUGUUUUUCGUUUUGGUUCCGUCUCCAUCCUGGCCCAUAUGAUCUUCAGUCUCCCACAUCCUUUCAUCUUCUCCUCGCCAGCUCCCCCAGCUCCCCCAGCCACUAGUACACACCAACCUCGUCGUCAAUCGCCUUUCUCCAAAGAGUAUAUCCGCUCACGUCUCUUACACCGACCAAUCGAGGGGUUCUCGGAAUGGAUCUCACCGACAGCCCGUGUUUACCGGGGUCUCACACCGCAAUUUAAAGUCUUCCUGCAGAUGGCGGCCAUGAUUCUUGGCGGCUGUAUUUGGGCGGAACGCCGAGUGUCCGAGUAUAUUGACCUCAUUAGACAAAUCAAACGGGCGGAGAGACGAGCGGCGGAGUAUCCAUCAAGCACCCGUCCGUAA